AAUGCUCUCCUCUAGAUAUAUUGGUGUUCUGUGAACGAUAAUAGAUGAAGUUGUGUUAAGAAUGAUUUGAAGUUAAAAUCUGUUGUUUGGUAUACAUAAUCGGAUUAAGCUUUUACCAACUGCAAAGAUGCCACUGUUGAUGGUCCCCCGUUGUGAGUGGAACGCUCUACCACCCUGUGGAGAUGUGACGUCACUGCAGUACCCUUUGCACGCAGUGUUCAUAACCAGUACAGAGACAGAACCGUGCAACAGCCAGGAAGAGUGUGCAAGAGUUGUACAGAACCUGCAGACGACACAUCAGUACUACAAGUUACAGGACUUGCCAUACAGCUUCCUAAUCGGAGGAGAUGGCCGAGUCUAUGAGGGGAGGGGCUGGGCCUAUUCCAUCUCUCCGCCAUUCGAAGUCCACCCUGAGUCUCAAUGGAAGAGCAUUAUUAUUGCUAAAAUCGGUCCUCGUUCAGUGGCUGACCCCUGCAAGUUCAUGGAGAGGGCGGUUGGUAGCCUGAUAGACAAUGCAAUCCGAGAGAGACGCAUCGACUACGACACCAACUACUAUUUUCAAGAAAACGACGAGGCGAUGAAAAACUUCCCUUUUCACAGAUUUAAACAGAUAAACUUAAAUAACGUUAAGAAAGUUGAUGUUAAACAACUGCUUUAACUUGUGUACACUUAUGUUUUUUAAGAGUAAGAGUAUAACAAAGAAGACUCCCAAUAUUCCUAACUUGGUUCCGGUAUUCAGUUCACUUGGAAUUGACAAAUAUUUUGAGAGAAAAAACUUAAAUAGAUAAUGUCAGCAAGUAUUUCUAAAAUUACAGUAUUUCUAAGUAAGUAAACUAAAAUUUAGAGAGUAAUUUUUUGUUUAGAAUCCCUGAAAUGGGGGUUUUGUUAAUUGAAUACUCAUUAUUAACUUUUGCAACAUGAUUUCGGAUAUUCAUAGCUAAAAUGUGUUCCUAGCAACAACCCGAUGUCUUCGCAACCACACAGUAACGUCAAGAUAUUGCUGCGAUAACGACGAUGAUGAUAUCUUCACCACCGCGGAAGGAUGUGAAGAUAUUGUCACGAGCACGAGAGACGAUGAUGAUAUUUUUGCGACCAUGGAGUAGUUUCAAGAUAUUGGCGCGAUCACGGGAGGGGGGAUGAUGUCUUUCCAACUGUGGGGGAAUGUCAAGAUGUUGCCGCGAUCACGCGAGGCGGUGAUUAUGGUUUCGCAGCCGUGGAGGAAUGUCAAGUAUACCGAGAUUACAGGAGCUGAUUAUGAAGCCUUCGCGACCGCGGAAAUAAGUAAAGAUUUCCGAAAUCACGGGAGGUGGUGAUGAUGCGAGUUCACAGCUGUAAAGGCAUGACAAGUUUGAUGAGAUCUCAGGAGGAGGAGAUUAUGAUGAUGAUGAUGAUGAUAACUUCGCGACAGUUUGUGACCGACCAUAAUAUAUUGCUAAGAUCACAGAAGUGAAUGAAUGAGCAGCCACGGGGGAAUGCAAGACAUUGUCGCGAUCACGGAUUAUUGUCAAGACGACUAUAUUAUGGAGGCAGACCGAAACCGGCAUUUUUUUAGAGGGUGCCGGGAGAUAAGUAGUUAUAAAGGCCUACAGUAGAACCUCGCUAAUUCAAACCUCGAUUAUUCAAAAACCUCUAUAAUUAGAAAUGUUUAUCCGUUCGCCUCAAAAACCUCAAAAAUUAAAAAAAUAAUAUACCGAUAAUUCAAAGUGAUUUUUACGCUUAAUGCAGCCUCUACAAUUCGAAUUUGUCCAUACUCGAGCCUAUACAAUUCAAAUUUUGUUGCCGUUAUUCGGAGUGUUACCUCCAAAUUCAAAGUCAACCUCUGCAAUUCGAACUGCAUUACCGUAGCCUCUGUAAUUAGAAUUCAGGAUAAAAAUACACUUGUUGAAACAUGA